AUGUGUUUUGUUCCAGAAACUAUUAUUUACGAAAUGAAAAAUUAUUAUUCAUACAAAAAAUAUCGAUCACGAUCACUUCCCUCAUUUCAACGUACAUGGAAUCAUUAUUUACCACAUCAUCGUCGAAUAAAAUAUCAAAAAGUCUACACGAGUAGUAGUGAUAGUGGAACAGAUUUACCAUUUGAUUAUAAUAAACAUCUUGCUUUAAACGGAAAUUUUACUCGGUCUCACAUCGAUUUAUACGAACAUGCUUGCCGUGUUCAAUUAUUAAGAAAUGGUUUAUAUGUGGUUGGUCGUCGUGAAUUUUAUAUUUAUGUUGCUAUCACUUUAAUAUCAACAAUUAUACUUGCUAUAAUUGAUCGUCCCGUCUACACCGUACCACUUGUUCUAGGAGCAACAUUAAUUUAUUUAACAUAUCGUUGGUAUCAAGAUCGUACAUAUAAACGUGCUAUUGGUGAUGCUAUGCAUUAUGCUUCAAAGUUCAGAAAACGAAUGAGACGCCGAUUUAAACCUCAUCAUUCUUCCUUAACGCGUUCACCACAAAAGUGGAUCAAUGAUCCAGUGAGAUCACGUUUUAGAAAUACAAAUGAAUCAUCACCAUUACAGUCACCAUCACUGUAUUAUGAUCAAAUUCGAAAGAAGAAAAACAAACGACAUAAAACACGGCAACGAACAAAUUCGAUAACAUCGAUUAAUUCGGAUGAUGAUUCUGAUUUACAACGAAAAAAUGUUCAGAGAAAUAUAAAACGAUCUCAUAAUAGAAAUUCACAUUCUUCAUUUCAACGAAAAUCACGAUCAAAAUCUAUAUCAAAAUAUCAGCCCUCUCCAACAUCUACCUUAACUAUUUCUUCAUCAACUGAUGAAAAAGAGAUAUUGUUCAAGAAUUUAGAUCCAAAAGAGAGUGGAGCGUUUCAUCAUAAUUAUAAUGAAAAUUGUCACUGUCCAGAUGAUAUGUAUGAAGAAAAUUGUUUUAUAAAGGAUUAUCCCAUGUAUGAAACGUUUGAAUGUAGUCAAUGUCAUCGUCAUAAUGAUAAAAAUAUCAGACGUUAA